AAUAAAUAGCUUUCCACUUGGUCGGGUGAUUUCAUCUCUCAACCCUCGAGUGUCUCUCUACCUCUGUGUCUCGAUUAAAAUCAAACAUUAUCACAAAUUCAAGGGAAUCAGCAUUAUAAUUCUGCGAACUCCGUGGGGAGCAAUCUUUAGAUUUCGGAAUGAAACAAUCCAAGGCAUGGAUCGGAUAUUGGAGUUGCCGGUAUUUCUUAUCCAAUAGAUACUAUCUUGCCUUUGUACAAAGGAAGCAGCUAGAACCCGUGUGUUGUCCAAGACAUGGCUGCAUGCAUGGUCUACCAAUCCCAACUUGGAUUUCAUUGACACCUUAUUCCCUAGAGAUCCAGCAAAUUUCAAUGAUAGAGAGAGAUUUUUAAACAUUGUGGACAAAAACCUUGCAGACAUAUCAUGAGCAGAGGAUACCAAUUCACGAAUUCAGGCUUUCCUUGACCCUCAUAAAUGAGUGGACUUCUAUCAUUGACAAUUGGAUAGGAAUACUGUUGCAAAACCACAUCAAAGAGCUAGAACUCCAAAUUUUUCCAGCAAAUGAUCAAGGUACAAGGUACACUUUGCCUCAAACGGUCUUCACUGCCAAAUCCUUGACAGCACUGAAGUUACAUCAGUGUAAAUUAAAACAGCACUCAUCUUAUGACAGUAUAAAGCUUCACUCUCUGCAGAAACUGUCUCUCAUGUGGAUCGAUGUCGAUGAGCAGAUGUUUCAAUCUCCCAUUGCCCUCUCAUUGAAAAUUUGUGUGUUGUCUGGUGCGAUGGGUUGUCAAAGUUAGGUUUAAUGGCUAGUCUUCAUAAUCUAAAGAAAGUUAGGAUCUCAGGAUUGAAGGAAGUUGAGAUCAAUGCGCCAAGUCUUCAAUCCUUUUCGUAUAAUAUUGGGGAGGGCGAUACAUUUGUGUUGAACAUUGAUUCAUCUUGCGAUCUUAAAGUUCUACAUUUGGAGGGAUUGAGCAUCAGGGACCAACUUUUCAAAAACCUUAUGUCGAAGUUUCCUUUACUCGAGGAUAUUCACUUGCAAUAUGUCAGUGACUUGAAAAGGAUAGACAUUUCUAGUCAGAGUCUCAAGAAGAUUGAUUUGGACAAUUGUAAUCAGUUGGUGGAGGCCAAGAUUGAUACUCCAAAUUUAUUCUCAUUUGAAUACGUGGGUAAUGGAAUUCCAUCUUUAUAUUUUUUCAGAGCUCCACACCAAUUGAAGGCCACUAUAAUUUGCUUAAAAUAUGAUAUUAAUCCUUCAUGGCUCCUUGCGUUGAGAAAAUUCGCGGCAGACUGGAAUCCCUCUAGAGUUUUGACUCUGCAGGUAAAACAUGGUUGGCCUGAGAUGAAAAUUUGUGAUGCAGACGAGUUGGAAGAAACAUACAUAACCAAAGUACCUGAAAUAGAGCAUUUGAAUCUAAAAAUAUUAUGGGGUCGUUGUUGUUGUGAGUCUCUUCUGGAUGGCCUGUUUUGGAGUUGUCAUCCUAAGAAUCUCUCUCUAAAAGAGGUUGCUGAGCAUCCAGACACUGAUCUCUUAAAGAAAUUCUGUGAGUUGCUAGUGGAGAGAAAAGAAGAUCCUCAGUGUUGCACUACUUCUAAGUAUUAUAAAUGUUGGAGGCAUUACUUAAAAGGUGUGGAGACUGAGAUUGGUGGAGGGAUCAAAGUUGAGAAACCUCUUCAUUGGGAAACUUUGUCAGAUGUAUUGAAUUCUCUUGAUUUUGAGGACCAGAUGAUUUGUUUCAAAUUCAAAUGGGGGCCUUAAAGACUGGGCCUCUGCUUGUAGCCGUGGGUCGCCCUAUUUGUACAUUGUGGAGAGAAGCGAAAACCCGACAUCUCUUCUAUGACAUAAUCUCCAGAGCCUCUCUUGUUUGACCAAGUAUAUUGAACACUGUUGCUGCAAUGUGGACUGGUGUGAGACCAGCUUGGGACAGUUGGUCAGCUGGUGAUCCGUGGUCAAUGUACCGAUCAGGGAGAACCACUGGUCUCCACUGCACAGGAUUUUCAAGGACAGAGAGUAAGUACUCUAGUGCUGAGUUCGAAGUUUUCUUCUUUUUGGUGUAUGGGUAGAAAAAGUAGAAAUAACCAAAUAACAAAUAGAUCAUCUACUGCUCACACACACCCCAUAUAUAGAAUCAGUUUAAGAUAUGUUUGGUUCUGUUUUCAUUUUCUUUUUUUCCAUAUUUUUGAAAACAAAACAAUGAGAAGUUCAACCACCAUUUGCAUAUCAUUUCAUUUUUGUACAAAACAUGUUUACAAAAAUUUGAAAACAACUUCUUGGUAUUUUGUAAAAAAUGAGUUGUUUUCAGAAAAUUUUCCUGAGAACUGUUUUAUGAAAUAGCUUGCCAAACAAGUUUGUGCUUCUUAGUUGUUAAGUACUUACCUUUCAUUUGGACAGAAAGCUAAAACUUUCUAAUGGAAAUUGAAUUAAAGCAUAAAUUGUGAUGUUCAUUUCCAAGUUCAACCAUGAUCCAAACUUUGCUCAAAUGUUUAAAAACUAUAAUUUGGAUUCAUACCUUUACUGUGCCAUCAAGAAGCCCAUCCAGAGCCAUGAACUGAGCAACAUGUGACCCAAACCCCCCAACUGAUCCUUCUUCUACUGUAAUCAAAAUCUCAUGUGACUUUGCCAGGCUGCGAAUAAGAGCCCGAUCCAAUGGUUUGCAAAAGCGUGCAUC